UUCAAUUUCAUCCAUUUGUUAUUUUAUUUUAUUCUAUUUUUUAUUUAUAGUCAUCAUGUUAAAAAAAUAGUCAUUAAUUAUAUCAAUGUUUAACUCCAAGAAAAUUAGAAAGUGUCAGGUAAAAAAACCUUCAAUUUAAAAACAAAUAUACAUCCAUGAAUUAAUACAGAUUAAAAUAGAAGAAAAUUGAGUUUGUAAAAUGCCAACCCAAAAAAGAAGUUGUACUGGGGAUACCAGUAAAGCACUGGAAGAUGAAGAUGGUCCUCGACCCAUGAAGAAUAUGAAACCAUCAGAGAAGAAACCUAAUGGGGCAGAUCAGUUCUGGCAAGACCACCAGGGGGAGUACGAGGAGCGGGAGAAGGCAGCCAGUCAAGUGGACCAGGUGCCGGAGCACGCUGCCUACCCCACGCUACUGGACGAGCUGGACAAGCGACGGUCUCUCGCACAGUGUCGUCCUGAAGACCUUUCAAAAGGAGGUCACCCAAAUAAUUCAAAGGAGGUCCCGGACGAUUUGACCUCCGUGAAUCCCAAAAGUCAUCACACUCGGAGUGACGACAGGAGCUGGCAAACUGAUUCCCUUGAUACCCUGAGGACUCUUUCGAGCAUCCCGUCUUUGAGUAGCUACGACUCCUAUGGGUCUAUUAAUAGUGAACCUAAGGGGCACCAAUAUUGACAUGGACAUAUAGCCCAGUAAAGUUACAAGACUUAAGUAUGAAGGACCCACUAAAUAAUUAAUUACCUACUUACCUAUAUGUACCUACUUUAAAUAUGAUUAAAAUUUAAAAAUUCCA